AUGGCUCGACCACUUCCAGUGCAUCAACUGACGGGGGUAUCACACUUCAGCUUAGCCAUUGGCUCAGUUUUCUUUUGUGCUUUGACUUUGUUCAUGUGUGCUGGUCAUUCACGGAAAUGGGUUCACCGUUUGAAAGCUUGCUAUAGUUAUGAUUUUGAAGAGCCUGUUAUAGAAAUAAACAACGGAAGGAUGACUCACGUGUUUCAGAGUGACGACGAAGAAGAUGAAGAAGAAUCCGUUUGGCAAAAGAAUAUACUCAUGGGUGGCAAGUGUCAACUACCAGAUUUCUCAGGGGUCAUAAUUUACGACUCUGAAGGAAAUAUUGCUCCUCAGAAACCGAGACUUCUUGCUCUUACCUGGAAAUAA